AUACCACCGACAUGAGGGCAUGAUUGAAAAUUCACUGCCAAGUAUGUGUUCCGGUUGGGUCAAAAUCCCAUGAGGGCUAUGAGGUUCCUGCUUCCUGACAAGGAAAUGUGCUCUGCCUGUUUGACACCCGUGUAUCCGAUGGAAAAAAUGGUGGCCAACAAACUUAUCCUGCACAAGAGCUGUUUCUGCUGUAAACACUGUAAGAAGAAGCUCAGCAUCCACAACUGUUCAUCUCUUUAUGGGGAGUUCUACUGCAUUUCUCAUUACCGACAGCUUUUUAUAAGAAAAGGAAAUUAUGACGAAGGAUUUGGGCACAAGCAACACAAAGACCAUUGGCUUCAGAAAGAUAAAGGCACAGAUGAGCCAGACGCUGUGUCCACUCCCAAAGUGUCCACUCCCAAAGCGUCCACUCCCAAAGCGUCCACUCCCAAAGUCACAAAAAGUACAAAAAGCAUCAUCGACACAAAUGAUGGCAUCAGAGAUUCCUCUGCUAGUGUGUUUGUUACAAAGUCUUCUGCAAGAGAUCUGGGAUCCAACAGUGGUGCUGAUGUUAAGGGCAAACUAAAAAUGAGCUGGCCACCAGAGAAGAAGAGUGCAGGGGUUAAUCUAGCUCCACAAACAUAUGAGAAAAAUAACAUACCUGACAUUUGCAAAACAUCCUCUUACAUUAGGAGCUCCUCAGAGCAUCAAAAGAGUGACACCAAGCAGGUGAAGAUGAACCAUGCUGGAGAGGUGAAAGAUAAAGUGAAGACAUUGUCAAGCUCCUUCACUUCAGGGAUCAAGGGAGAAACAAAGACAACAGUUUAUAACUCAACUGAGAAGUUCUCCUCAAAGGAAACCAUAACAAGGAGUGAUCCAAUCAAAGUGGGGCGUUUUAAAGACAGCGUGGACAGCAGCUCUCCAAGAGUGCUUCACUUUACUGGGCCCUCCAAAGAGAAGAGUGUUACUGCCACAAACCAAACACCAGAGCUGAGAAAUGUGACACAAACAUCAAAGACGAACUACAGUCCAACGCUGAAAAGGAAGGACGGUUUUCAAAAUAAGGCUAAGAAGGCAGUACGAUUCUCUCCAAAUGUUGAAGUUGCCAAGUAUGACCUGUCUCCUCAAGUGUCCACAGAAGACAAAGAGGACACUGCACAGCGUUUAGAUCCAAUUGAAGAGAGCAAGGAGAGUAAAUCCAAGGAUUUAAAUAAUGACAGUGACAAAAACAACGUGGAGAAUUUGUCCUCUGAGGGGGAAAGGGAAGUUAACCUUGAAAUCCCAGAAUACAAAGGCAGCAGAGAAAUAAGCACAACCUUGAACCAAGAGCCAGAUGUUAAGGUGGAGAGCAGUGAGGAGAUCCCACAGACAGGUGGAGAUGUUGUGAAUGGAGUAUCAGACAAGGUAGAAGAGUCAGCUAAUACUUUCACUGAGACUGUUGAACCAACUCCAGAAAUUGUGAAACAACAAGAGCCAUCUGAGAGGUCAGACAUAAAUCCAACAGACUCCGUCAACCAAAGUAAGUCAGAAAAUCCAGGUGCUCCUGCAGAACAGUCGAGCAGAGAGGAGGCCAGUCUUCAGAGGGAUACAAAUCUACUUGAAAAGGCCGACCCCGCCAAUGAUGAAGAGAGUGGGAGUCAAAGGAAGCCUGUUGCAAGAUCAAAUUCUCUGAAGGGUUCAGCAAAGCCAGCUGAAAAGCCAAAAGCCAGACUUGGAUCCUGGUCCAAAGGAAAGAGUCCUUUGACAAAGCUCUUCAAAUCAGGUGGAAGUGACAAGGCAACCAAAAGUGAACAGAAAGAUGUGAAAAAAACAGAUGGAAAACUCAGUGGUGGACUUUUAGGAAGACUGUUUCAAUCAUCUUCAGAGAAGGCAGAGGACAACACGAAAUCAGCUGUGCAAGAUGAAGGGAAGGACAAAACAGGUGCUGAUGGCAAGACAACAGAGGAAGCACAAGAGGUUGCUUCUGAUGAGACUCUAAAGAAGGCUGAGGUGGUUCAUGAGGAAGAGGCCGGGGGACAUAAAGAGGAGGAGUCCCAGUCCGCAGAGCCAAACACCCCAGAUAGUAAAGAAAGUCCAACUGUGAGCGAAGAGCCAACUGACAUGCUCAAAACUUCAACAAGUGAACCACAGGAAGACCAGACAGCUCCAGAACAAAAAGAGACAAAUCACACUGAUGACCAAGAAUCUGAUUUACAAAGUAGUCCCUCUUCAAACCUGCCUGUGGCUGAUCCUGAUCCUGAUCCUAAUCCUGGGGAAGCUGAGUCUACAGAUCUUCCCAUUACUGUGGAAUCAGAGAGUCAGGGAACUGAGGAGUCCAGCACUCAGUUACCAGCUGAGAAAACUGCCGAUGAAGAUUUGAAAGUUUCAUUUGAUGAUAAUAUUUUUGGAGAUAGUCUCAGUUCAGCACAUGAUGACCCAUUCCCCGUCCAGAUGAAUCCUAAUGAAUCUGCCCAAAAGCCAAAAGAAGUGCUGGAUGCACCAGACAUCGGAGGACAAGACCUGUUUGGUGGAGCGCUUCUUGAUACCAACCAUGGAGCUCCUCCAGGUCUGACUGAUCUUUUUGGUUCACUUGACUCUCAAGAUCUAUUCAUGAACAACCCUGGGGAUCCAUUUUCAUCUCCUCUGAGUGACACAGUUUUGUCUGAAGCUUCUCCUGGUGAAGCUUUUAGUCUGUUCGACUCACAAACCCACUCAACAUCAACCGAGAGUGAAGUGAUGCUUGGCCUCUCGGAUCCUCUUGUCCUAUCUGAUCCAGCACCUCUAAACCAAACUGAGGAUGAAACUUUAAGUCCUUUGAGUACAAGCAGUCAGACGAAAGAGGACAAAACUUUAAGUCCUUUAAGUACAAGCAGUCAGACGAAAGAGCAGGAAACCAACUUCGACAUAUUCAGCUCCAAUGAUUUUCUGUUCACUCCAUCACCUGCUGAAAAUGUGCCUCAUCACGAAGGAGCUGAUGCUUCAACAAACCAGCCAUCCACCUUUCCUGAUGAUAUCUUUGGAGUCAGUGACUUCUCCAGCAGUGUGGACAUGUUUGCAGCUCUGCCUCCCGCUGCAGGAACGUCUGACUCACUGAAUGAUUUCCUCGGAGCAGAUACGUUUUCAACUUCUGCCCCGCCAACGCAGACAGAUCUCUUUGCUUCAGACUUCUUUGCAUCAGAACCACAGCUGCUACCAGUGUCUGAACCAAGUGAUCUGGAUUUGUUUGGGGGCGGUCUUUUAGUGGCUGACAACAACAGCAGCAGCAGUGAGCAAACAGCACCAAAUACUGUGACAGACAGUAGCUGGAUGGAUGAUUUACUCGGGUGAAAGCAAUGACACGUUUACUUAAUGACACAAUUUGAAUGUCUUAAAAUAAUAAAGACAUGCUACUUCUUGAUGUUUCUGAAACACACUUGAACCGAUUUGAAAACCACUUGACAAUCAUCUCACAGAAAUAACAUAGUGUUUUUCUUAUUGCAUUUUAUUAUGGAUUAUGUAUCAAAUGAAACCUGUAAUAUAAAUGUCAUUUCAAAUAUGGUUCCAGAUUUUGUAUUACAGUUUCAAACUGAUUGUAUAUUUUAAUGUAUUGAUUUUCUUCAGCACAUACAGAAGCUUGAACUGAUAAUGUGCUGAAUGACUUAUUAUAAAAGGAUCUGGCUUGAAUAAAGUGUUAAUGUAAUCAAAGAGUAAGGGUUAAUAACUCAGUUUAAUUCAUCUUUGAAAAGUUGUAAAUACUGUGAUAUUAAAAUGUGUUUGUUCUAAAUGUAUUCAUUGAUGAUUUAUCAAAUAAAAUCACAACUUUGA